AUGACGAUGCUGAGAAACCAAUCUAUGGUGGCAAUCAACAACCUUGUGAAUGACAACUAUGGAAUUCCAAUGGAGGAUCCAACCAUGGACAACGUGGAUAUGUCACUUGCCUCUCUGACAUAUAAGAAACCGGAGGCCAUAAGGGUGGUGGAGGAAGCGCCUCAGCAACAAGUAAUCAUUCCUCAGCAAGAGAGGCGGCACAAGAGAUUGUUUUGGAUCACAGAAGAGCACAUGCAGUUCCUCCGUGGUUUGCACAUGUAUGGCCGCGGUGACUGGAAGAACAUCUCUAGGCACUUCGUCACCACUAAGACGCCGGUGCAAGUCUCCGACCAUGCGCAGAAGUACUUCCAUAGGAUAGAGCGCACCACCGAAAAGCAAUGCUACAGUAUUAAUGAUAUCGGCCUCAAUGAUGCUAAAUCUUGGGUGCAUAACAACUCUACCAGCCGGGAGGCGCUCGCCUUUGCCGGUGGUACAUAUAAUCCAAAUGGUCAUGGACCCAGCAGCGAGCUUGCCACCAUGAAUAACUUUGCACAGGCUUGGUCACCCUUCCUGUAUAGUGCUGGCCAGGCGAGCAGCAGCCAGCCAACCUCUUGGAUUGGCCAACAGAUGGGGGGCUAG